GUUUAAUUAGUGUAAACUAUGUAGUGCAUAUUUAAUCCUAAUUUCUGUGACUGGUAUCUAAAAUUCUCUUAUAUUUUGUGGUGAGGACUUUUCAGUUAUGGUUUACCCUACCAUUUUAACAAAAACGUUUCGAGUUGCGUACUUUUAUUUAGUAUCCGCUAAUGAUGCUAAUAACUCUGCUGAAAGGUGGAGAGAAGAUACCUAAAAUUGAUCCAUUUUGUCCCAAAGUUGGAAGCAUGCUUAUUUCUAUGGGGAUUCAGUUUUUGAUAAUUUGCUACAGCUAACACGGUUAAUACAUACUCUAGUACUUCCACAAGCUUGGUAUCUCGCACGUGGUAGACUAUGGACGACCUUCCCCUUUAAAACUUUUGGGCGGUGAUAGUAACUUUGAGAAAACCUACCUGUCCAUUAGGGUCAAAUGGAGUUAACAAAUUAGUAUAGGGAAUUAGGGCUUAGAGUCAAAUUCAAGGUUACGAAUUAAAGUAAGUUUUUCAUCACGAAUUGAAAUCAAGUAUUAUGCCAAAAUGCUCUUUAACUAUAUGAAUGAGUACAUUUCAAGACAAAAUACAAGACUGGUCAUCUUUAAUUAGAUUGUUUCGUUCAUAAGUCAUAAUCUUUCUGAUAUUAGGGGGUAAAAAAGACGCUUGUAGUAAUCUAUCUAGUUACGAUCAUUUUAUGCAAUCACUGUAAUUCGUGACAACAGUACAUGACAGUACAGUUUCUCAAAGGCAUUGAAUGGUGGGUUUGGUCUCAUCUCUACGAGUUGGUUGUUUAGUUCACUGACCAGGUAUUAGAGAAAGGAUCUUAACCUGAGUUCAACACCUAAUGAAUAAACUUAUUUUUAACGGUUUACACUGAUCAAAGUAUUCCAGAUGCAUCCGUCCUUUAUCACUCUAUAAACCUGAUCUUAUUGUAUAUUCUUUUCUCCGUUCGUCUGUGACAUCACAUCUUGGUAUAUUUCUAUCUUCCUGUUGGUCUAACCAUUUUCGCUUUGCUACAUUAGGAUACUUGAACUGAUAUGUUGUCAUGUGAAGCUUAUUGUAGAACUUACUUCUCAGUUUUAGUUUAUACUUCCUUAGUUUUGUAUUGCCUCUAUGGUGAUUAGAAAACGUAGUGUUAUCUAAAUCGUUGUGUAGUACAUUGUUGUCGAUAAAUCUUAGUCGAUCUACAUCAACGCAAUAUUAUAAUUUUAGGAUUAGCUUGUUACAUUUCUUAUCGUCCUCUGUUUUAGGCAUUGUUGGGUUAAAUUUCGUGACAAAUAACAAUGUUAUUUAGGAUAAAAAUGACAUCUAACUGCCACACAAUUAUGUCACAUUAUACCUGUUCAAACAAGUAUAGGCUUGUUUAAUGUUGUUUUAUGAACUCGUGGUAUAAAUGUAAAAUUGCUUAGCUAGAUGAAAUGAAGCUUCCACAAUCUAUGGAUUUAUCAAACUAUACUAUCGAAGUAUGUGAUAGAUUAAAGCUUUUCUUGUCUGCUUUGUUUACUACAAGUAAAUAUUGAGUAGAUUUUGGCUUCCCAGGAACCUGGAAAUUUCAAAAACAAACGAAUGUUAACAAAGAAGCUUCAGGCUAGUACAUCUUUACGAAAUGAUUGCAAGGAUCAUGGUUGUAGAUUUUCACGUUCAAAUGCUCAAUGCACCAUUCAAGAAGAAUGUGAUCGUGUUUCAUUGACUCGUACGACUAGUGUUAGAUCCACGGUAGAGUUUCCUCCAAAUAUAGACGAGAAAGAUUUAGAAAUAUUAGGUGAAAUUGGAAGUGGAGCAUAUGGUAGAGCUAUAAAAGUAAAACACCGACAAUCUAAUUGUCUGUUGGUUCUUAAAGAGGUUAUUGAACAAAAUAAAGCAAUCGAAGCAACCAUUAUACGCGAGGUUUCACUACUUCAAAAUUUAAAACAUUCAAAUAUUUUAACAAUUGUUGGUGUGGUUAUUCGAAAUAGACAAUUUUGUCUUAUUACUGAAUAUAUUGAAAAAGGAAGUUUACAUUCAAUAUGUUUGGAUAAAAUUAAAUAUCCAUUUGAUUGGAUUAAAAUAAUAACAUUUGGUCGUGAUAUUGCAUCAGGGAUGGCUUAUUUACAUAAACAUGAUGUUAUACAUCGGGAUUUAACAACUCAUAAUUGUCUUGUACGACAAGAUGACUCUGUAGUUGUGUCUGACUUUGGUUUGUCAAAAUUAGUUCAGUCAAUUCCGUCUUGUAAACAGAAAACAGAAGAAAAAUGCUUUGAUCAUACAACAACAAAUGACUCUACAUCAAUAAUUCAAGAUUCUUCUUCUGAUACUUCAAAUAACACCGAUGUUCAACGUAACCAUACUCCUCGUCUUAGACGUCAUCAUGCAUACAAUCAUCCAAGAAGACAUACUGUAGUUGGUAGUCCAUACUGGAUGGCUCCAGAAAUGAUAGCUGGUCAACCAUAUGAUAAUUCAGUAGAUGUAUAUUCAUUUGGUACAAUUAUGUGUCAAUUAAUUUUACGUUCAAAUGCUGACCCAGAUAAUUUAAUACGUGAUGUAAAAACAUUGUGUAUAGAAAUGGAUGAAUUAAUGAAAUUAGAAAAUUUUCCUAUUAAUACACCACCCAUAUUAUUAAACAUGACAAAUCAAUGCAUUUCAUUAGAUCCAAGAAAUAGACCUUGUUUCGAUUCAUGUGUUGGACUACUGGAACAAUGUUUACUAUACUUACUAUCCGGACAUCAAUCACAACAGGUUAUAGUUCGAAAUUCUUCUGAAGACAUUUCCACAGUUAAUGAUAACAACAAGGAAAGUGUAGAUUCUGAUCAUCAGGAUUUUGUUGUUAAUAAACAUUAAUCAAUAGUAUAUAUAUUCUUGUAUACAUAUUUGUAUUUAUCAUUUUAUGUGAUAAUAAUUUCUUUAGCAAGGAAGAUGUUUGUAGAUUUUCUUUUUAGUUAAGUAACUUGGUUAUAUUUUUCACUUGAUCUUAGCUAUAAAUUCCACUCGAAUCAAAUGAUUUCAUAUGCGUACACUACUGUUGUAUGGAUUUUCAUUAUCGGAAUAUUAUAUUUCUAUGUUAUUACACACGAAGAAAUAAAUCUCUAUCUGUUGGUUAUUUACGUUUAC